AUGUUUUCUGGUAUAACAACUGAGCAGUUGUCGGAAGGGUCAUACGAUAACGAACUCAUUUUAGGAAUUGUACUGUUUUUCAGGGCAGAUGCGGAGGACGGUGAAUUUCAAUAUUGUCCAGCCGAUGGAAAGCUGAUGGUCGAUUCAACAGGACACCCAAAGUCGUGUCUCCCUCAUUUUACCAACCUGUGUUACACAGAAGGGGUUAAUCCCGCUGAUAUCUGCUGUUACCGUAGUUUUGGACUUUAUUACUGCUGCACUGGAGUCUCGACGCCUCUGUGUCCGACGUAUAACGACUCAACCACGGUCAUUUACAAAAGGCCGUAUGCGGAAGGCACACGUUUGUUUCCUUUCCGAAAAGCUAACGAUCCAUCGGGUUUCAGUGAGUACAACAACAUCGUUCAAACAGCAAGCACCAUUCACAAUGGUCCGAGUGCAGACUUUGACGAUAUGCCGCCGAAUGCGGGCCAUUACCCAAACGGUGCUCCAAAAAGCAGUCACAUGAAUCUGGUAUAUAACGAAAACGGCCAGCUAAUUUCGCCGUCGUUACCAAAAGAAGUGUCACUGGUAUUCUUGCCCCCAAACAUUAUUAUGCCCUUCCUGUCGCAAUCCGGCUCUUUCAUUCACCCAUACGUCGUUUCGGAGCAGCCAAUGAUGGACUCGGUCUACAGGAACAACAAGCAGUACGUCCCGGCUCAUUGGGUUGCAGGUACUGAUCGAGGCUCCUUCGCAUAA